AUGAGCAGGACUCUGCUGUGGCUGGUGGCCUCUCUGGCCUUUGCCUCCCUCACUUCUCUGGCUAAUGGAGCGCCGUUGCAGGUGUUGUCUGCCCCCAACUUGUUGCGGGUAGGAACAGCAGAAAACAUCUUUGUGGAGUGUCAAGGCUGCACAGGAGGGAACAUUAGGGUGGACAUCAGUGUGGUGAGCCAUCCAACCAAAGUCAGAAGGCUGACAUCCACAUCUGUGACCCUCACCAGUGCAAAACACUUCCAGGAGUUUGCUCAGAUUACGGUCCCCGCUGCUGACUUCAGCAAGGAUCCCAACAUUAAGCAGUAUGUGUACCUGCAAGCUCAGUUCCCCGACCGACUGCUGGAGAAAGUCGUCUUGGUGUCGUUCCAGUCCGGGUACAUCUUCAUCCAGACAGACAAGACCAUUUACACCCCCAACAGCAAAGUUCAUUACAGGAUGUUUGCAGUGACGCCCCGUAUGGAGCCAGUAGAGAGGGAUGCUGCAACUCAAGCUGAAGCCUCUAUUGCCAUUGAGUUUGUGACCCCUGAUGGCAUCAUUUUACCACUUGAUGCAGUCUCUCUGACAUCAGGGAUCCACUCUGGAAGUUAUAAGCUUGGUGAAAUUGUCAGUCCUGGAGUGUGGAAGGUGGUGGCGAAGUUCCACAACAACCCGCAGGAGAGCUUCUCUGCAGAGUUUGAGGUCAAAGAAUACGUGCUGCCCAGUUUUGAGGUGAAACUGACGCCUAAGAGCUCCUUCUUCUACGUGGACAGUCAAGAACUCACCGUCACUAUCAAAGCUACGUAUCUAUUUGGUGAAGAGGUGGAUGGGAUGGCCUAUGUGGUAUUUGGGGUUAUGCAUGAUGGUCAAAAGAAGAGCUUUCCAAGUUCUCUUCAGAGAGUGCAGAUUAAGGAAGGACUUGGAGAAGUCAAACUGAAGAGAGAUCACAUCAUAGACACCUUCCCGAACAUCAUCGAGCUGGUGGGGAAUCCCAUAUUUGUAUCUGUCAGUGUGCUGACGGAGAGCGGUGGCGAAAUGGUGGAGGCGGAGUUGAGAAGCAUCCAGAUUGUCACAUCACCUUACACCAUCCACUUCAAGAAAACACCAAAAUAUUACAAGCCAGGAAUGUCCUUCGAUGUUGCGGUUGAAGUUGUGAAUCCUGAUGGCACUCCUGCACAAGGUGUUGCAGUGGUGGUCGAUCCAGGCCAGGUGCGUGGCCUCACUGCGGCCAAUGGCAUGGCGAGGCUUACCAUCAAUACAGAGGCAAGGACCAGCAGUCUGGCAAUCACAGCUAAGACCAGUGAUCGUCUUCUUACACAAGAAAGACAGGCAUCAGCCUCCAUGGUAGCUCUCCCAUAUGUCACCUCAAGCGACAGCUAUAUCCAUAUAGGUGUGGAUGCAGCUGAGCUGGCAGUAGGAGAAAAUCUGAAAAUCAACCUGAUCCUCAACAAGCGGGAAAAUGCACAAACUGACAUCACAUACCUGAUCAUGAGCAGAGGUCAACUGGUGGAAAGUGGGCGUUAUGAGGCAAAAGGCCAAGUACUGAUUUCCCUGAUUGUAACUAUUACCAAAGAAAUGCUGCCAUCAUUCCGCAUCAUAGCCUACUACCAUACAAAUAGCAAUGAAGUGGUGUCAGACUCUGUUUGGGUGGAUGUCAAGGACUCCUGCAUGGGCUUGCUGAGGCUGGAAUCAACGAGACCUGCUCCCUCGUAUGAGCCUCGAAGGAUGUUUGGCCUGAAGGUCACUGGAGAUCCAGGGGCCACAGUGGGACUGGUGGCGGUUGACAAAGGCGUCUAUGUUCUAAACAACAAGCACCGCCUCACCCAGAAAAAGGUGUGGGACAUUGUAGAGAAGUACGACACAGGCUGCACACCAGGUGGAGGGAAGAAUGGUAUGAAUGUGUUCUACGAUGCCGGGCUGUUGUUUGAGACCAACACGGCUUCCGGGACUCCCUACAGACUAGAAUUGAAAUGUCCACAAAGUCCCAGCAGGAGGAGACGAACUACUAUAAUGGACGUCACAACCACCUUAGUGAGUCAAUAUGAAGACAAACUGCAACGUGAGUGUUGUUUGGAUGGCAUGAAGGACACCCCUGUGUCAUACAGCUGUGAGAGGCGGAGCGAGUACAUCGUGGACGGUACAGCCUGCGCCGAGGCCUUCCUGCACUGCUGCAAGGAGAUGGAACGCCAGCGAGCUGACAGGAAGGAGGAUAGUCUCCAACUGGCUCGCAGUGAGGAGGACGACAGCUACAUGGACAGCAAUGAAAUUGUUUCUCGCACCAAGUUCCCUGAAAGUUGGCUGUGGUCAGAUAUUAAACUGCCUGAUUGCCCUCCAGACACACCGAACUGCGAGCCCACAUCGUUUGUGAAAAAUGUUCCUUUGCAAGACUCAAUCACAACCUGGCAGUUCACUGGUAUUAGUCUGUCAAAAACUCACGGUGUCUGUGUUGGUGAUCCGUUAGAGGUAAUUGUUCGGAAGGAAUUCUUCAUUGAUCUCAGGCUGCCCUACUCUGCUGUCCGAGGAGAGCAGCUAGAAGUUAAGGCGAUCCUCCACAACUACAGCCCAGAUCGCAUCACUGUGCGUGUGGAUCUGAUUGAGGACAAGCAUGUGUGCAGUGCAGCCUCUAAACAUGGAAGGUACCGUCAGGAAGUCAAAAUUGGGCCCCAAACCACACGAUCUGUACCCUUCGUCAUUAUCCCCAUGAAGGAAGGACAACAUCGCAUUGAGGUCAAAGCAGCUGUUAAAGACUCAUCGCUCAAUGAUGGAAUCAUGAAGAUGCUGCUGGUGGUGCCUGAAGGUGUGCUGGUUAAAUCUCCUCAGAUUAUAACUCUAGACCCAGUUAAGAGAGGUGGUACACAACAAGAAAUUAUCAGAAGUAAAAUUCCAAUGAGAGAUUUGGCUCCAAACACACCUACUCUCACAGAGAUCUCUGUGACAGGCAGAGAACAAGUCUCUGCACUGGUGGACAAGGCCGUCAGUGGGAAUUCAAUGGGUACUCUGAUCCAACAGCCUGGAGGCUGUGGGGAGCAGAACCUGGCCUCCAUGACCCUGCCUGUCAUUGCAGCCACAUAUUUGGACAAAACCAACCAGUGGGAAGCUGUGGGCUUCGAGAAGCGUAACGAAGCCCUCCAACACAUCAGGACUGGCUACCACAACGAGCUUGCCUACCGUAAAAGUGAUGGGUCUUUUGCUGUGUAUCCUCAUCGUCAAAGUAGCACCUGGCUGACAGCUUAUGCUGUCAAGGUGUUUGCCAUGGCCAACAAUCUGGUUGCAGUGCCAAGCAACGUCAUCUGUAGCGCUGUCAGGUUUCUGAUUCUCAAGGCACAACAACCUGACGGCAUGUUUAGAGAAGAUGGAUAUGUGUUCAGUAGUUUUAUGCGUGGUGAUGUGGAAGGCACAGAUUCAGAUGCCUCCAUGACGGCCUUCUGCCUCAUUGCUAUGCAGGAGUCACGCACAAUAUGUGCUCCCUCUGUUAAUAGUCUGCAUGACAGUAUAAACAAAGCAGUGUCCUACCUGCAGAGACGUCUGCCCUACCUCACCAACCCAUAUUCUGUUGCCAUGACAUCAUACGCCCUGGCCAAUGAAAAGAAACUGAACCGGGCGACCCUUUACAGAUUUGCUUCCUCAGGUCGGUCCCAUUGGCCAGUCCCUAAGGGACGCGUUUACACCCUGGAGGCCACAGCGUACGCUCUACUUGCUCUGGUCAAGGCUGAGGCACUUGAAGAAGCCAAACUGGUUGCCAGAUGGUUCAACAAACAGCGGAAGGUGGGCGGAGGCUAUGGAUCAACUCAGUCUACUAUAAUGGUGUACCAGGCUAUAGCUGAGUAUUGGUCCAAUGCUAAAGAACCAGAGUACAAUCUCAAUGUGGACGUAAUGUUGCCAGGAAGGUCGAAGCCGGAGAAGUACAACUUCAACAAGGAGAACCACUACGCCACAAGAACAUCUAAAAUCAAUGAUAUAAACCAGGAUGUGACAGUGACUGCCACAGGCACAGGAGAGGCAACAGUGACGAUGGUAUCGCUGUAUUACGCUCUGCCUAAAGAAAAGGAAAGCGACUGUCAGAAGUUCAACCUGUCGGUGCAGCUCCUCCCAGACAAAGUGGAUGAGGAUGAGAUGAUAUACAAGCUGAGAAUAGAGGUUUUGUUUAAGGACAGCGAGCGCGAUGCAACCAUGUCAAUUCUGGAUAUUGGCUUGUUAACUGGCUACACCGCUAACACAAAUGACCUGGACUUAUUGUCCAAAGGACAUGCCCGCACCAUUGCAAAAUAUGAGAUGAACACAGUCCUGUCAGACAGAGGCUCGCUUAUCAUCUACAUGGAUAAGAUUUCUCACACACGACCAGAAGAGAUCGUGUUCAGGAUCCAUCAGAAGCUCAAAGUGGGCGUCUUACAACCAGCUGCUGUGUCUGUCUAUGAAUACUAUGAACAAACACAUUGUGUAAAAUUCUACCACCCAGCGAGGAGAGCUGGACAGCUCAUGCGGCUUUGUAGAAAUGAUGAAUGUACAUGUGCUGAAGAGAACUGCAGUAUGCAGAAAAAAGGCGACAUCAGCAAUGACCAGCGCACAGAAAAGUCCUGUGAGACUACUCCAACCAGCAAAAUAGAUUUUGUGUACAAAAUGCGAGUGGAUCAAUUUACAGAUGGUUUGUCCACUGACAUUUACACAAUGCAAGUACUGGAAGUCAUCAAAGAAGGAAGCUAUGAUGUGGGUCCUCAGGGUAAACAGCGCAUAUUCCUCAGUUAUCCGCACUGCAGGGAGUCUUUAAACCUGACAACAGGCAAAACCUACCUGAUCAUGGGCACAUCUGAAGAUAUUCACUUAGAUGAUCAAAAUGAAUUGCACCAGUAUGUACUUGGUGAGAGAACCUGGAUCGAGUACUGGCCCACAGACGCAGAGUGUCAGACUGGUGAAUACAGACCUACCUGUCUGGGCAUGGAGGAGCUGGUCCAGCGGUAUACAUUGUUUGGAUGUCAUCAGUAG